AAUGGCGGCGGCAGAAGCAACACGUGUGUUCUAGGCUCUUGGGGGAAAGAUCGCGCUUCAGUUCGCGAAGUUUGUGUCGGUUGUUGGCGGACUUUGUGUAUUAUCUCGGAAAGGUUGGCCUCUGUCAUUGCUACCCUAUCGGGCCGGAGGUCUCGAUCAACAUGAAAUCCGGGAAGCGCCAAGCGGCCAGGAAGUCGAAGAUUGUCACAAGAAUCGAACACGACAGAGCUCCAGGCGAAGAGAGCGAAUCAGACGAUGAGAAGUUCAAUGAAUCCUUCACUUUCGCCGACAAUGCCGCCGAGUACAACUUUGACACUUGGAGAAAUCUCACACAGAUGGUGAAGAAGAAGAAGAAGAGAGCAACACUAAGUGAUGCGAUCAAGAGCGUGGUGAGUAAAUACAGAGCCGAGCAGAUGGAUACCGACGGAUUGACUCCGACUGGGGAAGAGCUCGCUCUGCUCGAUGUGGAGAUGAGUGAAAUACGAGAUACUUUGAAGGAACGGCUGAAGAUGCAGAAGCGGAAGCGUGCCGACGAAACGGUCCUCGACGAUGACGUGCCUGAUCAGAGUAGCGACUUUCACGGAAGCUCCGACGUGUCGUUCCAGAACAUGGACCUGUCUCGACCUCUGCUGAAGGCUCUGACCGCUAUGAAGUUCGUCAAUCCAACUCCAAUACAAAGGAGUGCGAUACCGGUCGCUCUGGGUGGCCGAGACAUCUACGCUUGCGCCGCUACUGGUACAGGGAAGACUGCCGCUUUCAUGCUGCCAGUCCUGGAGCGGUUGCUGUACAGAUCACGAGGUGAAAUAGUCACGAGAGUGAUCGUCGUUGUUCCUACUCGAGAGUUAUCGGUGCAAGUGUAUCAAGUAUCGAUCCAGCUGGCUCAGUUCACAAGCAUAAAUGUUGCCCUGGCGACAGGAGGUCUGGACCUGAAAGUUCAGGAGAGCCAUCUCCGACAGAACCCCGACAUAAUAAUCGCCACGCCUGGGAGGUUGAUAGAUCACCUUCAGAACACUCCGACUUUCAACUUGCAUAAUAUCGAAGUCAUGAUCCUGGACGAAGCCGACAAACUCCUCGAGGAUCAAUUCGCGGAGCAAUUGAAAGAAAUCAUCAAGCAAUGUGCGCCAACGAGACAGACGAUGCUGUUCUCAGCUACGAUGAGCGACCGAGUUCAGGACUUGGCUAAGCUUUCCCUCAAAGACCCCGUUCGACUGUUUCUCAACAAUAAUACCGAUGUUGCUCUGAAUCUUCGUCAGGAAUUCGUGCGAAUUCGAUCACAACGUGAAGGCGAUCGAGAACCGAUUCUGUGCGCGUUAGUGACUCGCUACUUCGGUAAUCAUAGUAUUGUGUUCGUGCAAACGAAGAAACUCGCGCAUCGGAUCCGAAUUCUCUUAGAGCUUCUCGGCGUGCAGGUCGAGGAAUUGCACAGCGGUCUGAAUCAGACGCAGCGAAUCGAAGCACUAAAGCGCUUCACUUUGGAGGAAGUCGACGUGCUGGUGACUACGGAUUUGACAGCCCGAGGACUCGACAUCAAGGACGUUCGGACGGUCAUCAAUUACACCUUGCCUCCGACUCUCCAACAGUAUGUCCACCGAGUAGGCAGGACAGCUCGAGCCGGGAAGGUCGGCAGAUCGGUCUCGCUGGUCGGCGAUCAGGAACGCAAAGUGCUCAAGGAAAUUAUACGCAAAGCGAAGACGCCGGUGAAGCAGAGAAUCGUGGAUCCCCAGGUGAUAAAGAAGUUCGUAGAACGCAUCGAAUCCGUCGAGGAGUCGAUGCGGGCAGUUUUUGAAGAGGAGAAAAUCGAAAGAAACAUGAAACUCAUACAGACUGAGGAAGAGGAAGUGGAUAAAAUCAAAGACAAACUCCAUGACAGAGAAAGGUCAAAGCUUCGCGCUACGAAUAACGAUCCUGUCAAACGGAGUUGGUUCCAAACACCUAACGAGCGUAAAGAGGAGAAGAAGAAGCUGAAGCUCGAUGAGCACACGAAACUCGAUGGCAAGAACAGAGUCAAGAUCCCGAAAGCCAGAUCCACGGCCGAAGACCGGGUCCAGUGGGAACUCCAGAAAGCUGCCGCUUAUCAGGCACGUUGCGCUAAACGCUCGCGGAAACCAGCUCGGAUCCGCGCCAUGGGAGAUUCCGAUGGCGAGGAAGCUUCGAAGCCGAGGGAAAAAUCUGUAGCGAAGAAGAGAGAUGUCACAAGAUCGCUAACUGCCACCGAGAAGGCUCAAGAGAUGCGACGAAUCCCUUUCAGAGAGCAAGUGAAACAAGGCCAGGCGAAAAGGAAUGGUGGUGGUAAAGGUUUCAAAAGUCAGAAAAAGUUCAAAAGGAGAUAAAUAAAAU